CUGCGCUGACGUGGCGUGCGUGAGGACGCAAGGCGCGCGAUGACGUGUAGCGCGUGCCGGCAGGAUGCGGAAGCGUUGCUGAGGCCCGCCAGCCUGAUUGAACCGCGCCGGGCGCCGCCGCCGCCGCCGCCGUCAUGGCUGUGUGGAACGGGCCGGCGUGCGCGGGCUUCCUGGCGCUGGCCGUCGGCUGCCUGCUGCUGCUGCAGCCCGAGCUGCCCGGCUCGGCGCUGCGCGAGCUCUGGGACCCCGCGCUCUGGGCGCCGCUCCUCGGGGGGACCUCCGCCGAGGGCCGGCUGGCGGCGGCCUGGGAGGCGCUCAUCGUGCGGCCCGCGCGGCCUUGGACCCGCGUGGCCGUGGGCGUCAAUGCCUGUGUGGAUGUCGUCCUCUCAGGAGUGAAACUCUUACAAGCACUGGGCCUCAGUCCUGGUAAUGGGGAAGAUCAUAGUGUCUUACAUUCAAGGGAAGAUCUGGAAGAAGCCUUCUUUCAUUUCAUGGGCAAGGGAGCAGCUGCUGAGCGCUUCUUCAGUGACGAGGAAGCUUUUCACCACAUCUCCCAGAUCGCAUCGGCCCUCCCUGGAGCCCAGCACUAUGUUGGAGGCAAUGCAGCUUUAAUUGGGCAGAAGCUUGCAGCCAAUUCAGAUUUGAAGGUUCUUCUUUGUGGUCCAGUUGGCCCCAAGCUGCAUCAGCUUCUCGAUGACAAUAUAGUUGUUCCCCCAGAAUCAAUGCAAGAAGUAGACGAGUUCCACCUCAUUCUGGAGUAUCAAGCAGGAGAGCAGUGGGGACAGUUGACUGCACCCAAUGCCAACCGAUUUAUCUUCUCACAUGAUCUAUCCAAUGGGGCCAUGAAUAUGCUGGAAGUGUUUGUGUCCAGUCUGGAAGAGUUUCAGCCAGACCUUGUGGUCCUCUCUGGAUUGCAUAUGAUGGAAGGACAGAGCAAGGAGAUUCAGAAGAAGAGACUUCUAGAGGCUGUGAUUUCUAUCUCUGACAUACCCACCGACAUUCCGGUUCACUUAGAACUGGCCAGUAUGACGGAUCGGGAACUUAUGAGCAGUAUCAUGCAUCAGCAGGUUUUCCCUCUGGUGAAUUCCCUUGGAUUGAAUGAACAGGAGCUGCUCUUCCUUAGCCAGUCAGCGUCUGGUCCUCACUCGUCUCUUCUUUCAUGGAGCGGUGUCCCUGACGUGGGUGUCGUCAGUGACAUUCUCUUCUGGAUCUUGAAGGAGCAUGGCAGGAGUAAAGAGAGAGCGUCAGAUCUCACACGGAUCCAUUUCCACACUCUGGCCUACCACAUUCUGGCCACUGUGGACGGGCACUGGGGUAACCAGCUCGCAGCCGUGGCCGCAGGAGCCCGUGUAGCAGGAACACAGGCCUGUGCGACAGAAGCCAUCGAUGCCAGCCGUGUGUCCCUCAGGGCUCCCCUAGAGUUUCUGACCUCACACUCAGAGGCGGGCUCCAGGAUAGCUGUAAAUCCAAACGAGCCAGUGGCUCAGUGGCACAGAGAGGGCAUCUCUUUUCAUUUCACCCCUGUCCUGGUUUGUAAGGAUCCCAUCCGAACUGUGGGCCUCGGGGAUGCCAUUUCAGCAGAAGGACUGUUCUAUUCAGAAGUAUACCCUCAUUGAUGUGAACAGGGGUAGCGUUGGUGCCCCUGAGGAAGUACAGAUGGCUCAAGAAGUUCAGGAGAUCAAUAGAUGGUUUAAGUAGAAGAAUUUAGAGUAUUAAAGCAAGUUCUAGAUCUAAUUGAGGGUAGCCAAAGAAAUAACUGUAUCAACACAUUCCAGCCUAUUGGCAAUGACACAUGGAGCAUUUCAGAUUUUAAUCAAAAAAUUUUAGCUCUUUACUGGUAAGACUGGAGAGAGAGAGAGAGUGUGUGUGUGUAUAUGUGUGUAAGUGUAUGUGUCUGUGUGUGCAUUGUCUCUUGCAGGGAAGAAAUCCCAUUCUCUGGAGAAGGUCACCUAUUGCUCAUUUAAUCCAACUCCUUAGCAUAAUUUGAAAGCAUUGACAGCCGGAGGGAGGAUUUCCCUCCUCACCCAGUCCUGAAGAACACACUGGUCAGCACAAGGUCCUACCUUGUUUCAGAUUAAGCCCAGUCAAAGGCUCUUGAAUCCUCUCCCAGUAGCACGUUGCUCAAGUGGCUGGAGCACAACUUCCAUCCAUUGUUAGGAUCUACAAGGAGAAGCUCUUAACCUCUAGCAUAAAUAGGGAGGAAGUGGGAAGCCUGCUGUGUUUAAAAGCAGGCAGGCUGGAGAUACACUCCAGGGCCCUCGAAGCUUUGGUGUGCCUUCACAGGUGGGAGGGUAGAAGAGAUGCCUCUGUGCCUAUAGGGUUGCUUAGGGAGAUCCAGGGGUUUGUAGGUUUCUACUUGGCCUCACUGUCUGUCUUAAGGCUAAGUUAUUGCUAUGGAAAAUUUGACCUUUUAUUAUUCUGAUCCUUCUUUGUGCAACUGGAGUGCACUUCCCUGUCCCUGAUACAUUGUUUUUCUCAGUCAUGUGACACAAACUUCAUUCCGUUAAAAGGUGCAAGUUAACCUCAUCAGAUGCUGCAAGAAUAGCACCUAAGUAUUAUUACAUCGCCAGGAUUAUGAAACGCGACUCACCAUAAGUUACGUUAUGUAUUUAUUUUUAUAAGGCAAGAAAACCUUUCUGUGUGCUUACAAUUUUUUGAAACGCAAUUUACAUUUCAGUUCCCUCCAGAUAAGAACUUCUUACAUUUCUACUUUGGGAAACAGGAGGAAGUGGCUAUGUAUAACAGGGAUGCAGAGAAAAUAUAAAUGCACUUCAACCUGGAAAUGUGAAUUAGGUCAAUGCCCCCACUCCUAGGGUACCGCCCACCCCGGGCCUUGCGUCAGAUUAUCCUUUACAGCCUUUCACAAAUAAUGGGAUGUCAUGGGAUGUGUCCAGGUGGUGGGGAGGACCAUGGGGAGGAAGCAACAGCAAGACUCAAGGGAGCCACUGGGCACUCGAUCCCUCUGUGGAUCUCUCUGGCCUAACUUUCAGGUCAAAGAGAAAUUUCCCCUUGUUCUUUGCCACCAAAGCAAAGCCAGAAAUAAAGCCCGCCAGGAGGCAUUUGGAGCAGGCCAGCUGCUGUGUUUUGUUUGGUUCUUAACAUUUAAUUACUUAUUUACCAGCAUGUCAUGGGAACAUCUCCCUUCAGGAGCCCCAGGUCCAUGGGACGGUGUUUCCUUUACAGAUUCACUGGUAUUUGCCCUGGUCUUUCAGCCCAGGACAUUUUCCUACCCCCCCCCCCCCAAUCCUGACUGAACAACUUAUUUGGGGGUGGGGGUGGGGUGGAAGACUCCUGAGGACCAAUUAAAAACCCGAGCCAUUACCUGUUCUCCUUUUCUCCCUCCUUGACCAUCACACCACUAGCUUAGGACAACCCUGGCCCAGCUCAGGACAAACCUCAGCCAGCUGGUAUGCCAUUUGUUUUCAUUAGUAGAGGCAGAGGGAGUUCAUUGGUUCAAUAACAGGUAAGCCUGGAGAGGUCAUUACAUUCUUCCAGGUAAGGGAAGAAAAGAAAAGGGGGCAUCUAAAAUAAAUUAUCUGUUUUCUGCA